GAGCUGAUGUGCGGCAAGAUAUUUUGAUCUGAGCAAUUUGGCAAUUUGGCUGAGCCCUCCAUUUGAAGUUGGUCUUGCAAUGUACUCCCAACCGGCAGAUGCAAAUUGGGGCUCGCCAACCCCGUACAUGUUGCAGAUGGUGCAGGUUCCCGUGAUGAACAACUCAGGAGGCCCUGCUGGCUUCCCCAACAAUCAGAUUGAUCCUCGGUCUCUACCCAUGAACUUCUCACAGCCAGCCUUCUAUGGACGAGUCCCGAGUGAGGGAGAGCGAGAUGGCGGAAUGGCACAGACUGCAGGGUUCAAGUAUCCCAAUGACAAUAUUGUGAUGGUGGCUGGUCAGUACAGAGAGGUGCGUCCAAUGCUUGCUCAGGGUGCAGGCGCAGGCCGAUUUCAUUGCGAGCCCGCUGAGCUACCCUUGGGAUUGCAGCUCGAUCCUGCCACUGGCACAAUUUGGGGCACACCCGCAAGUCCACCACCGAACAUGGAUCCAGCUGGCCCAUAUCAGCAGUACACUGUGGUGCAGACAAAUGCAGCAGGAGCUACUGCCUGCAACGUGGGUAUCAAGGUGGUGCAGUUCAACCCGCAAAACUUCAGCAUUUCCCACAUUUCCCAGCUGGAGAAGAGCAAGUACAUGGUUUUGGUCGACACGCGGCGAAAGCAAGGCUGACUUGAGAGGCCAAGUGCCAGACUUCACAAGGUGAUGUUUCAAUUUUGAUAAUUUGCGCCGCUUACUGGGGCCGUCAGCUGAUUUGA